AUGUCUCUCCAUCGGAACAGCGACGUCAAGGACGUUUCUCAGCAAGUCGAAGACAUCCCCCUUCCCAAGGUCGAAGUCGCCGACACGGACCAUGGCUUCACCAAAAAGCAGCAGAUGCUCAUCCUGCGUCAUGUCGACCGGAGACUGGUGCUGACGUGUGGCUUCAUAUACUGCAUCAGUCUCAUGGACCGGACGAAUCUGGGAAUCGCGGUUCUGUCGGGCAUGAAAGCGGACCUCAAUCUCAUCGGCGAGCGGUACAACAUCAUCACGCUGGUCUUCAUGCCCACCUACAGUCUCUUCAUGCCUCUGGCCAACGUCAUGCUCAAGAAGUUGGGCGCCCGUGCUUUUCUGCCCACCGUCUGUCUCCUGUGGGGCGCUUCGCUGGCCUCGCUCGGAUUCAUCAAGUCCUGGGGACAGGCGAUUCCUCUCAGGCUUCUCAUGGGCGCCUUUGAGGCUGGAUGCUUCCCUGGCUGCGCUUAUUUGCUCAGUUGCUGGUAUACCAGAUACGAGCUUCAGAAGCGAGUUGCGGUCUUCUACAUGGUCGGCAUCCUCUCUCAGGCUUUCUCGGGCAUUCUGGGCUACGCAUUUUCCCAACUGGAGGGGCACGGAGUAGGAGCAAGCUGGUUGGGACGGCUUUCGACCGUCACUGGAGAACACGGACCUGGUCUGGCUGGUUGGCGGUGGAUUUUCAUCUUACAGGGUGUGAUCACGAUGGUGAUUGCGUUGAUCGCCUAUAUUACAAUCGUCAACUUCCCGGAGAACGCGCACAAAACCUUUGGGCUCAAAUUCUUGACCAAAGCCGAGUCGGACUGGAUUGUGGCCCGGCUCGAGGCUGACCGUGAGGACGUGCAUGCGGAAAAGUUCAACCUCAAGAAGUUCCUCUCGUACGCGAAGGACUUCAAGUCCUGGUGCUUUGCCCUGAUCUUCCUGUGCAACAGCAACCUGACCUACUCCCUCGCCUACUUCCUGCCCAUCAUCCUGCGCGACGGCAUGGGCUUCGGGGUCGCGGCGGCGCAGUGCCUGACCGCGCCGCCGCACGUGUUUUCCCUGCUCUUCAUGUACGGGUUCGCCUGGGCGGGCGACCGGUACCGGCUGCGGUCCCCCACGAUCCUGGUCUGCGGGACGCUGUCCAUGGUCGGCCUCGCCCUGCUCGGGUUCGCCGGCAACACCGGGGCGCGCUACUUCGGCGUCUUCCUGACCUGCAUCGGGAGCAACUCGACCAUCCCGGCCCUGCUGGCGUGGCAGGCCAACAACGUCCGCGGCCAGUGGAAGCGCGCCUUUUCGUCCGCCCUGAUGAUCAGCGCUGGCGGCGUCGGCGGCAUCAUGGGCAGUCUCGUGUUCCGGUCGCAGGACGCGCCGGCGUACAUCCCCGGUAUCAUCACCGGCAUGGCCUCCGGCGGCGCCAUCUUCGGGACCACGGUCGUCCUCAUCUUCUACUUCUGGCGGGCGAAUCAGAGGGCCGCCCAUGGUGAGGAAGUCAUUGAAGGGCUGGAGAGGUUCCGCUACACUCUAUAG